CAUUAGUGAGGAGGAGCCCGGCAGAGCGGGACGCGUCCAGUCGAGGAGACGUUCAGGGUCACCGGGAAGCGGCUCCUCGAGCAGCCGUUCACCUUCUUAUUCUUACCGCGACACUCAACGUUUUUCUCUUUUUAUUUUUAUUUCAUUGCUUUUUCUUCCUGGUUCCACUGCAGGAUUUUGUGCUGGUGGAUGCAUUUCAAAUCCUGGCACUAUUCCGUAUACAUAUAAACAUAUAGAAUAUAUAUAUAUAUAGAUUAUAUAUACAUAUAUGUGUGUUUUUAUUGAGGAUCAGCCUUCCCAGAUUCCUCCGUCACUACUAACUUUGGACCAGCGAGGAGCUGCCCGGGAGGGGGAACCGAGCCGCGGAGCUUUGACACCGAGCCUCGAUGUGCCCGCCCGGCUGUGCGUGAGGACGGGAAGGAGGAGAUCGAGCUCCCCGGUCACCCACCGCCAGCCGCUCGUUUCUCUCACCGCUCGGAGGAAGCGGGGCGGAGAGCGGGAUUUAGCCUGAAUCACGCCACGGGAAUUAAACCUGGAGGAGAUUUCACGAUCUGUUAAGGUGCUCGGCACAAUGGGGCUCCUAAACCUCUGAGGGGUUCAGCACAAAAGGCCAAAGGGGAAGAGGAAGACUAAAGCCGAGGGGGAAGGAGGAGGAGGAGGAGGAGGAGGGAGAGUCUUACCCGGCGCCAGGCCCAAAAAAACAGGAGAGCACUUCAGAAAAGGAGGGAUUUGCUCUAUCUGUCGGGGUUGCAUGCCCCCCCUCAGUCCCCACCUCCCACUCGGACAUCCUCUUUUUUACUCCAGUUGUUUCUCCUCGCCGCUGUCCCACGAGAAGGAGAAGAAUGCGCAGCAGAGCGAGUGCGGGACACGUCGCGGCGAGCGGCAGGCUGCCCCGGACCGGGGCGCUGCUGCUGGGCCUGCUCCUGGCCGCGGCGGGCUGGACCUCCCCCCCGGCGGUCAGCGCCGACGUGGAGAUCGACGCGGCGCCGGCGGGGGACGGGAGGGCGUUGAGAGGAGGAGGCCACCUGGAGGCCUCCAUGCACUCGUCGCUCCUUCGUGACCUCCGGGAGGCGAAGCAAGGCGCCCGGGCGCUGGAGGACGUCGCCGCGGCGACGGAGCAGAACCCGUCCGCGCCCUCCACCGCCUUCCCGGACUCCUCGGCAGCCGUGGGUCGGAUCUUCCAGAUGACGGUGCCGAACAAGAUGGAGGACAUUUACCUUGGUGACAUCGUCAAGAUCACAGAGAUGGGGAAGGACUCGCUCCCUGCCUGGCUGCACUGGGAUGCCAACAGCAGAGUCCUGCAGGGUCUCCCUCUAGAGGAGGACAAAGGCGUCCAUUACAUCUCGGUGUCAAUCUCGAACCGCACCUCGUCCUCCUCCUCUUCAGAGGUGUUUUCCAUCGAGGUGCACCCUGAAGAUCAUCUGGACGCAGACGCAGCCCAGCUGGCAUCCAACCAGGCCUCCACAGAAGACGACAUGCAGCCGUUCGUGUGUAGCAACGAGGUCCCGAUCACGGUGCUGACCGUGAUCCUGGACGCCGAUUUGACCAAGAUGACCUCGGAGCAGAGGGUGGAGCUCCUGGAUCACAUGAAGAGCUUCUCCGGCGUGGGGCUCCAGCACAUGAAGAUUCUUCCUGUGGUGAACAACCGGCUGUUCGACAUGUCCGCAUUCAUGGCCGGGCCGGGGAAUGCCAAAAAGGUGGUGGAGAACGGUGCUCUGUUGUCCUGGAAGCUCGGCUGCUCACUGGAUCAGAGCACAGUCCCAAAUAUCAGCAGCGUCCAGUGUCCUGCAAAGGAAGGGACGAUGUCUGCCAAGCUGGGCUACCCGGUGGUGGGGUGGCACAUCGCAAACAAAAAACCCCACAUCCCGAAGCGGGUGAGGCGCCAGUUAAACAACACGCCAACCCCUGUGCUCACAGCUGUUCCUCCAACGACCAUAGUGGAGCCUCCAGUGAGGAUCAUUCCAACCCUGUCCUCGCCUUCUAUUGCCGCACCAACCGAAAGCUCUGCUCCCCCUAUGAGGGACCCAGUUCCCCUACCGGGCAAGCCGACGAUCAAAAUCCAUGACCCUAUUAACCACACCCCAACUCUGGGACCGCCUCAGCCAACGAGGGUUGUGGAGACCACCAGCACCAUUGCUAUUCAGCCAACCUUGACCUGGCAUACACAUGUGGAGGCCACUGCCACAGUGCCACCAACUCCAAAAACCACCAAGAAACCCAAGAGACCCAAAACCACACCUUUGACCAAAGAGCCAAAGACCUCCACGGCCAAGCCGGCCAGGCGCACCACACCAUCACCUGCCGUCGUUGUUGGCCCAUCCAACGAGAAGCCUGUCCUGCGCAACCCGAUUGACCAGGUCAAUGCAUUGGUUGGCACCUACUUUGAGGUCAAGAUCCCAUCUGACACCUUCUUUGACAAAGAGGAUGGAACCACUGACAAGCUGCGUUUAACUUUGAGACAGAACCACAAUGAACCGGUCGGGGAGGUCUCCUGGAUUCAGUUCAACACCACCAGUCAGCUUCUCUUCGGCUUGCCUGAUGUCCAACACGUGGGGAAACACGAAUUCUUCAUGCAGGCGACUGACAAAGGUGGCCUGAAUGCUAUUGACGCUUUCGAGGUUCGCGUAAACCGCUGGCCCAUCAAUGACAAGAGCCCUGUCAUCUUCACGGCCCGAUUCGAAGGCGAUCCACGUUCGAUAACUAAUGACAUCCACAAGAAGAUCCUACUAGUAAAGAAGCUGGCCUAUGCACUUGGAGACCGCAACACCAGUGCAGUCAGUCUUCGAAAUAUAAGCAAAGGGUCCAUUGUGGUGGAGUGGACCAACACCAGCCUACCCAAGCACCCGUGUCCGAAAGAACAGCUCACGGCCAUGAGCAGGACGCUCGCCAGUGCUGACGGAAAGCCCUCGCAGACCUUCAGGCACUCUCUGGAGCCUGAGUUCAGACCGCUAGACGUCACGGCCAAAGGAAGGGCCAGCUGCAGGACAUAUUCCUUCAUCCCACCGGGAGACAUUGAUAUCCCAGAACCCGCCGCAGUCACGCCGGCUCUGGGAACGGGCCGUCAGAGCACAGACGACGUCUAUCUCCACACGGUGAUUCCCGCCGUGGUGGUGGCAGCGAUCUUGCUGAUGGCGGGCAUCAUCGCCAUGAUCUGCUACAGGAAGAAGCGGAAGGGCAAGUUGACCAUCGAGGACCAGGCCACCUUCAUCAAAAAGGGUGUUCCCAUUAUCUUUGCGGAUGAACUUGAUGACUCUAAGCCGCCUCCAUCUUCCAGUAUGCCCCUGAUUUUGCAGGAAGAGAAGCCCCCACUUCCACCGCCCGAGUACCCCAACAUGGCCACGCCAGAGACCACCCCCCUCAACCAGGAGUUGCUGGGGGAGUACACAGCCCUGCGGGACGAGGACCCCAAUGCACCCCCCUACCAACCACCGCCUCCCUUCACCACUCCCAUGGAGGGCAAAGGCUCCCGUCCCAAGAACAUGACUCCCUACAGAUCUCCACCUCCCUACGUGCCCCCCUAAGACUUAUUCCACCCUCCCCUCUAAGGGGGGAGGACAGGACGCCUGAGAAACUCUGACGGUUUCCAUUCUGGUGUUUGUCUGUCUGGACAUGGGAGAGAUGACAAGAGGUGCUAAAGUACAAAACCGCUACAGGGGACUUUGGUUUGGGGGGGGGGGACUGUGAUGAGUUGGGUGUUUUUUGUUUUUUACAGUUUACUCAUGGGAUGGUUUGUUGAUGCAGCUGGGAGGGACUACUGAUUUAGUGGUAGCCCAGCUACACAGUGGCCUAAGACAAACUAACUCUCGUCACAUCGGCUUUCGGCUCGACCAAAUGGUCACAAGCGACAUUCGGGAGGCAAGUUCUUUUUUUUUUUUAGUCUUUUUCGCUUUUAUUCAGUUUUUCCAUCAAUCCCAAGAUUACUUUUCUUUUUUUUCUUUUCUGGACUGAACGUUUGCCUAACAACUCUUCUUUGUGUUGAGUGAACUGCCACCAGACCACAGCAAGCAACUAUUCAAGUUUUUUAAUGAGGAGGAUUGAGAUUCUCUGAAAAUGAAAACAAACAAACCGCUAACACAAGGAUCUCAAAACACCCCUGCAGACGACAAGAGAAUGGGAGGCCAAGAUGUGAGUGUGUGUGUGUGUGUGUGUGUGUGUGUUUGUGUGUGUGUGAAUGAGCGGUUGUGUUUAUUCAGAUCCAAUACAGUUUGCCUUUUAACACUGUCUGUAUCCUUAUUCACAAUGUCUAGUAAAGAUGAGAAUCACAAGGUAGCCUAAAAAAAGAUUUAGAGAUGAAUAAUAAAUAAUUUGUUUCUUUCAUUGGUUUUAAAAUUCACUGUUUAUCUGGAAGAUGUUCUGAUAGAUUUUGUUAUAUUUUUUUGGUGAUGAAGCAGGUGGGAGGAAAGGGACUGCCUCGCUGAAAUAACCUGAAGGAAUUCUUUAUUCCUGUUCCCGUAUCACAAUUACAGGUCUUUAGAUGAAAAUCGGACUUGUACCCCAAUAAAACCAUAUGGGUUGCGGUACAUAAUUAUCUAACUUGUAAAUGCUACGUUUGGUUCAGAUUUGGAGGCCAAAGGUGUGAUUUUAUGCAGAUGAUGUGGACCUUUACUCGGUCAACAGAACUACGAGGGUAAAAGUGAAAUGCCAUGUCGGCCCUUUCUGUGCCCGGACAGGAAAAGGACACCUCCAGGUUAUUUCUAACCAGAGAUGAUUAUUUUUUUAUGUGAAAUGAGGCGGUCCUUCUUCCCCGUUCGGAAGAGGAGCUCUGAGUGCCAUGAGACGGUAGAGAUUCUCACAUUUUAGAGGUCACAGAGGAGACAAAUGAGGCAGACAUUCAAAAGAGAGAAUUUCCAGCAAUUAUCUCUGAAAAUCUCCUUCUAAUUUUUUACCAAGUUUUUGAUACAGCCUCAAAUUGUUUUUGAUUAUUAAAAGAAAACAUGAUUAAUGAUUAGUCUUCUGUGAUUUGUAAAAUCUUAGCCUAGAAGUUCAAAUAUAAUUCAAUUAUGUACACUUUCUUUUUCUUUCCUCAUGGGUCACAUUUUCAAGUGUUUUUAUUUUGUCGUGUGUACAUCAAAAUGUAUUACCCACUAUACAAAGACGGACAUACUUUAUGUUAUCACAGAUUUUAUUUGUAUGUCCUUUUAAGUUUGCUAAUGAGUUUCAACUGAAAGUGACCCUUUGCAAUAAGGAUGUAAGACGCAGGCCGCUCAGGGGCUGGUUGAUGCAGCUCGAGCGAGUGACUCGUAUUGUCAUAAUAUUGUUGGUUUUUUUGCAGGAUGCCAAGGCUUUUUUGCUUAUGAAGUGUGCAUUGUCAAAAUAAAACCAACUGGUACGAUUAAAAAAAGAAA